AUGGCGCCAAGACUCCCCCCCUCCAAGCUCGAAAUGAUCCAGAACAUGAUAUCGAGCAAAUCAUUGACUACCUCGCAAAUGGCUAAAGCUGCUGAAUGUAGUAAGCGCUCUAUCAUCAACAUCAGCAAUAACCUCCGCCAAUUCGGAAAUGUCAGGGCACCUCCAACUCGAGUCGGUCGACGACGAAGCAUAACACCUCCGAUGCUAGAAGCGCUGUGUGAUCACCUCCUCGAAAAGCCCGGGCUAUAUGUGGACGAAAUGGUAAUCUUUUUAUUGGACGAGUUCCGAGUGCAGGUUACCAAUUCGAGCCUCAAGCGGGCUCUUGCAUCGGUAGGUUGGUCGAAGGUGGCUCGGCAGAGAGCAAAGGAACGGAACGCAGAUCUACGAGAUUUCUAUUUGCACAAUCUGUCGGACUUCCAGUCAUAUCAUUUGGUCUAUGUGGAUGAGUCUGGAUGUGAUAAACGGAUUGGGUUUAGACGGACAGGUUGGUCUCCGUUGGGCACGGCGCCAUUGCAGGUAGCCAAUUUCUAUCGCGACCAGCGGUACCAGAUACUACCCGCGUAUUGCCAAGAUGGAAUCGUACUCUCUCGAGUGUUUCAGGGCUCUACCGACGCUGCAGUAUUCGAGGACUUCAUUGGUCAGCUCCUCAGGCAUUGUGGAAGAUGGCCUGAGCCAAAGUCCGUUCUAGUCAUGGAUAACGCGUCUUUUCAUCGUUCUGAUCGUAUCGACGCAAUGUGCACUGCAGCAGGAGUCAAGCUAGUGUAUCUGCCACUGUACUCACCGGACCUGAAUCCGAUCGAAGAGUUUUUCUCGGAGUUAAAAGCAUUCAUUCGACGGAACUGGGUACGUUAUGAGGAAAAUUCAGAACAAGGGUUCCAAACCUUCCUCGACUGGUGUAUUGAGGUUGUUGGAUCCCAAAAGCAGAGUGCUUUGGGUCAUUUUAGACAUUCCGGCGUCGAUAUUCAGAUUUAUAAUUUAAUGAUAGACUCUAGACCAGCGAUAUAG